AUGGCCGAGAAACCCGACGUCACAGUAGCCAUUGAUCUUGGCACCACUUUCACAGGAGUUGGAUUUUUGUUCUCCAAUGGGACGAUGCACAUCUUCAACAACUGGCCCGGAAACAAUAGCACUGGCGAAACCAAGGUCCCCAGCCGUAUUGUCUACAACCAUGACAACACAGUAUCCUCAUGGGGUUUCUACUCAUCUUUGUAUGAUGACCCUUUACCACCUGGUAAGAAAGAGCAUCGUCUCUUCAAGAUGUUUCUUGAUAAAGAAACCUGCGAGGAGGCAAGAAGAGCUGGUUUGAGUACGAUUACUACUACGGCAGAGGCGUCGAAAUGUGCUACAGACUUUCUUCAGCAGAUAUAUCGGCACAUCAAAAUUACGUAUGAGGAGAUGACAGGCGCAAACUGGACCACUUCGGCAGUGACUUUUCUUUUCAGUGUUCCCACCACUUGGAGAGGGUUAGAUGUGAGCAACACAUUCAAGGCAGUCAUUAGAGCCGCUGGCUAUGGAACUGAAGGACCUCGUCACUCAGCGCAAAUCGAUCUUACAGAAGCUGAAGCAGCUGCUGUCGACACUCUCAAAAGCGGUGUAGUCAACUUCAACACUGGGGACGUAUUCCUCACUAUAGACGCUGGUGGUGGCACAACAGACUUCUCCUUGGUCCAAGUCACCAGUAUUGAGAACGGAAGGACACAGAUGUCGCAGAUCGCCGAAGUUGCUGGUAUCGGAAUCGGCUCAACUCUUAUCGACUCUGCUUUCGGCAAGCUUGUCCAAGAGCGUUUGGCUAAUUGCCCUGAUGUGCCGUUCAGUAUUGCGAAUGGCCUUGCCGAGAACAUGAUGAAGAGUGAGCGAUUCAAAGUUGUCAAGCAUCUUUUUGGUGACCCUGCAGCCAUCGCCAAUUCUCACAAGAUCCCCAUGCCUGGUGUCCCAAACAACUUCAGACAUACCCAGCUUGGUGCUGAUGGAGGAUGCAUGAAAUUUGAUAAUCACGACAUACAGAGGCUUUUUGAUCCCCAUGUCAAGAGCAUCUUGGUCAAAGUCCGCGAACAGCUGGACUGGAUGGUACAAAACAACCGCAGUGAGCAAGUGAUGUAUAUAGCAUUAUCUGGAGGGUUGGGGAGUUCGAAACAUGUCCAACGACAGCUCAGAGAGCAUUUCGUUCAAUUCAGGCACCCCAACUGUCAAAAGGUCAGAGUUAUUGUAAGCAAAAACCCACAGACAACCGUCGUCAGGGGUCUUCUUGAAGACCAAAAACAAAAACGGGAAACGGGAAACAAGCCGGUUCUCGCCACAUACAUCGCUAGAAUGAGCUAUGGUAUCGUAAUUCGGGAACCGUACAACCCUAUGCGGCACGUAGGCGAGCAACUAGAGACAGAUGAGUUUGACUCUGCUCAACGUUGGGCUGUGAAUCAGAUAGAGUGGUUCAUUCGCAAGGGAGAUAACAUUGACCCUACCAUGCCGAUCAUGAAACCGUUUAGUAAACGGCUAAGUCCUGGACUAACAACGGCUUCUGUAACGGUCCAAGUUGUUUCUUCACGGAAUGAGUCAAGUGUUCUCCCACAGAGUCUACUCAAGGCUGGAGUUAAAAGGAUUUGUCAAGUCGAGUGUACACUCACUGGUCUUAGCCAAAAUGAACUUGUCUUUAUAGACGCCAAAAAGGUACGAUGUUACCGAUCGAGGCUUCAAGUCAAUAGUUUCAUCGUAGCGCGUAAGAAUAAUGGUCUCGACCAAAAUUUCGGAAAUUCCUUCGCCGAAUUAGGGGUCCAACUCGCCGGCGGUAUCCUGAUAAACAGUCGAUAUGUCGCUCCUCUGUGCCCAUGCCUCUCGAUUCUUUUCCCUUACCUCUCGGCACCUCGGUUGGCUACUACACUCGUUAUGCGAUCCUCCUUUGCUUUACUAUUGACGGCCUUGGGCAGCUUUGAUGUUGCCCUCGCUGGCCCAUGCAAGCCUCACGAAACGACCAUCGAAAGCUCGGCUACAGUAACUACAGUUGCCCCAACGACUUCAGAAACAAAGGGACCCCUGGUUAUCAGGAACGUCAUUGGCAACGGAAACUUUGCCGUCAGGGACCCGACCAACCCAAGCAACAUCCCCAACUACACCAUCGAAGGCGAUGCCCAGAUUGUUGAGGACAAGGGUUAUACUGCCGACAACAGCAAAGAGAGGGGCUGUGUUGAGCUACAAGCUUCUAACCAACCUCCCUCCCGCAAGCGAGCCAUUGGAAACAUCGUCAGCAUCUCGCAGCAGCUUGACUCUCUUGAUACCAAGAAGAAGUACACUGUUCGAUUCUUUUAUGCUGUGAUUACAGCUAGCAGUAUCAAUGUCUGCACGCUCACCGCUUCUAUCGCUGGGCAUGUAUUCUACACGUCGACGAUUCUUAGCCUUGGAGCUGCUAUGGACUGGAACACUGUUCUUGAACAGACGGAUGUUCCCAACACUGAAGGUGCUUUCGCAGUGGCUGUGAACUGUCCUGUUGGUGGGGUGGCAGCCAUCUACAUUGAUUCCAUCUUUAUGUCGAACCAGGUUACUCCUGACACGAUCAACGAUGUGGCCAUUGACUUUGGUAAUGAUGGUAGCUCUGUUACCACUAGUGGGCUGUCUGCUGUAUCUACGACAUACAAGGAGGCAAGCAGUAGCGCCAACACUGAUGGGCCGUCAACAGAGACCGAGCCACUCACUGAGUCUCACAUCAUUUCGGAUAGUGCGCACCCAACAUCUGGAUUCUUUACAGAGUCUGAUGUUAACACUAUCAGUCCGUCGACCAAGUCUGAAACUGAAACACACAGUGUUGCAGAGAGUGAGACAGAGGGACACACAGCUGGUGUAUCGACUGCCUCUGAACUAUCAAGUCGACUUGAACCAUCAACUGCCUCUCAACCUGCCUCUCAACCUGCCACCCAGGGCCCUUCGACGGCCUCCGAGCCUGUUACUGAAGGCCCAUCGACUCUUCACGAACCAUCAACUGCUUCUGAGCCCGCUACUCAGGACCCAUCAACCGAGUCAGACAGUCAUCCUCCCACUCUUACCUUGAACCCCACCACGGCCGCGCACGCUACAACCGCAAGUGACCUCUCCACUGCCAGCUCUCUGCCAACUGGCUCACGCGUCUGCCCCGUCGGCGCCGCACCUCCGGGCUAUUGCGCACCCGUCGAACCAAGAGUAACGCAGACGGUCUCUCUGGCCGGAAUCCAACAGGAAUCCGAGAACGAGCGCCCUACUGCCCCUCGAGCCUGCUGGGCCUUUGGCAGAGCAAAGUUCGGUACAUGGGGUCGCACAUUGUCAAGCAACCCUCGACAGAACUCUAUCGAAGACUGUGCUCUUCUGUGCAAGCAAGAAGGUUCUGCCUGUAAGGCCUUUGCAUGGGAUGGCGCUCGCCAAGAGGCUUCCUGCCGACUUCUUUCCGAUAGCCUUGGUGUAGCUGGCAUCGAUAUCAACAGCCAGAAUUCCUUGAUGUGGAAUGAUCUCGAUUGCUUCGAGUGUCAGGGUUGCGAUAUCAAGAACCCUGUGGAUGUCGAGACAACUACCGCUGCACCCUCAACAACCUCUCUUCCAGAUAUAACCACCUCUGCUGCCCCCGUUGCCUCGAUGCUCUGCCCCCACUGUCAUCUCCAAAGCUCUCCAUCUUCGGCUCUCGUCUGUCAGAAGAUUGGCAACCUUGGUUCCGUUGAUCUCCAGCCUUAUGCCAACAACGUCUUUGACAAGGCUACUAUGCAGACAACUUCAGAACAGUGCGCCACGAUCUGUUUCAUUUUGAAGGAUUGCAAGGCCUCGGCAUAUGACUCUGCGCGAAGGAGGUGUAUUUUCACCAACACCGCUAUUUCAAGCAGCGCUUUCCAAGAAGCUCAAGACCAAGAUGCUUCAGCCUACAUUCUUCCAUGGAGCUCCAAGGGUUGCUGGUCGUGCUCCAAUGACUGCUCUACCAAGGAUGAGACCACGAGCCAAGCUCCCAGCUCGACUGAACAUACUGUCGAGCCCGCGACAACAACCCCCACUCGAACUCAACCUCCUACAACGUUCAUCUCAUCUUACGCCCCCACCACCACUGAGGCGUCCAUGCCUCAAUGUACACUCGCCCUAUCCGAUGGCUGCACCUUUGAUCAGAACAACUACGAUUACUCUCAAUGCAGCAAAUCCGGAACAUUGAGAAACACCUUCACACUCAGAGAUGACGAAUAUCCCUGGCAGAUGAACAUCAACAGUUAUCAGAACUGUGUGGCCAUGUGCAAUCAGAUGCCCAGCCGCUGCAAGGCUUCCGCAUGGGAUCAAAACUCACAACAAUGUGUCUUUUCCACCAGCUCCAUCUUUACCUCUGCGUUCACCCAGGGUAACGAUGACGGGGCUUUGAACUGGAGUGAGCAGAGUUGCUUUUUGUGUUUCUGCCACGACCAAGAUCGUGAUGAAUACUCUGCAUCGUUGAGAACUGCACUACCCACUGCUACUUGCGCUCCUAGCAUCACAAGUGAGGACGCCGUAUGCCAGCUCAGGCCUGUUGAUAACGGUGCUGUGGUCUGUCAGCAUACGGGUUACUUCCCUUGGUCGUGGGAUGAUGCACCUUCCAAGUUUCCCAACCAGGAUUCUGAGGAGCGAUGUGCGGCUCUUUGUAACUCGAACCCCGAUUGUAUGUCGUCGGGUUGGUCUGAAGAGUAUGGUAAAUGUGCUUUGUCAGGUUUCCAACUCACGGGUAUCGCGUGGCAGCAGUUUGGUAAUACGAUGCUGAGCUGGAGUGAUAAGGGCUGUUGGGAUUGCUCUGACUGUAUCAAGAGUCAGAAGUGGCGUAUAAUUAAUUAA